AGGGCCAACCGCACGCGCCUUGUGUGGUAGUGCGAGACGAACAAUCUGCGAACACGGACGCAUGCGAAAGAGGGAGAAAGGAGAAUUGCGUUUGUUUUGACAAGUGCGCAUAAGUACUGUUGGGAUAUUUAGUUUUGUUGUAUCGUUUUAUUUAUUGCUGCCUGGGUGCUGCUGUUCAUGCACAAUUUGUCGUCACUUGCGACGAUGAUGACUUAAUUUUUUUAACAGCAGCCCACAAUCAGCGCGUCGAGCUGACCGAAGAGGUUGCUUCACUUCCGUCGGCUCAUUCGCACUCUGGGUACCAUACAGUGCACAUAUGUAGGCACACUCAUGCGCAUAUUAAAUAUGAAUAUGGAUAUGGACAUGGACAUGGACAUUGCCAUCAAUGCCAGUGAGGUGCUUGAAUUUUCAUCAUAUCUUCUAUCGUCGUUUGGCAACGCCGACAGCAAUGGCAGUGGCAGCAAUGUCGGCGCUGAUUCGGAGGACUCACUCAUUUGCCAUUCUCGCAAGCCGCAAGCAGCGCCCAGGCAGAAGAUCAACGCUCGGGAGCGGCAUCGUACUUUCAACGUGAAUGCUGCAUACGAGGAGCUGCGCGGCCUAAUUCCGACGGAGCCCGUAAACCGCAAACUAUCCAAAAUAGAAAUAAUACACUUGGCCAGCAGCUAUAUCACACAUCUCCGCAGCACAUUGCACGCAGGAACUGACAGGCAGCCGUGCAUGCGGCAAAAGUGGGAACACAAGUGCGGCAACGAUGGCAACAGAGUUCCGGAGCGCGUAAGCAUUUGCACAUUUUGUAUGAGACCAACAUUUUCACAAACGACAGAAAGUCUGGAAUAGUUUUAAGCUCAUUUGAUUAAGUAGCAUAGCACACUUUAUACAUAUGUCCGUAUGUAUGUACAUUGCCUAGCGGUUCUUUUUUUUGCGUGCCAUAUCUGUGCCUUUAAGUACACUAAAGGCUUAAGACAUCGUCAAUAAGUAAUAAAUUGCUUUUUAAAUGGA